CAGUUUCGAUGGAUCAGAAAGGGGAUGAAAAGAAGGUGAAAGCAAAAGCUUCCAAUAUUACUUUACCAAUUUCCCUUCUUUUCUCUAUUUCUCUCUCAAUCUCUGCAAAUCCUUUUGCAUCUGUUGUACCUCAAAAAGGUUCUUUUUAAUCCCUUCACUGUUUCCCACCAGAAUGAAGAAAAACUAUAAACUUUGCCCAAAAGCAGCUUCAAUGGCGACAAACUUUUCCAUUUUCGGUUACCCAAUUCUAAGAGAAUCCCUCUGAUACAAACACUUCACGCCGCAAUGGUGCCCACUCUCUCUCUUUAGGGUUUUUUUUUUUUUUUUUCUCUCCUUUUUUUCCCCCUUUAUGGAGGAGAAUUCCCUCUCUCUCUCACAUCACUCACCAUCAUCGACCUUCUUAAUCCCAUCUCUAUCUCUAAUUCUUGGAAUUCUGUGCGUUUCUGCUAAGAUUGCUGGGGGAUUUUUCAACAAUUUCUCAGACGGUAACCGACUCUGCUCAUUUUCCUUUUUUUAAUUGCUUGCUAUUAACUCACACCUCUGGCUGCUUUCGUCAGUGAUUUGCGGAAGCAUCCGUCAUCUUUUGGGGGGCUAUGAUAUUAUUGUAUUUAACUUCCUUUUUACUGGAACUGUGCUGAUUUUAGAUAAGGGUGUUGUGCGGUGGAACUCUGGUUCUUCGAUUUAUGGCAUCUCUUUUUUGCUUUUGUUGGUAUCUGGGGACUCUUUGCAAAAGUGUGGUUUUGUAAUUGUGUGCCUGGGGUUAAUUUAGGGUGUCAGAACUUGUUGGGCGGGGGGGUAUAUAAUGGAUGUUUUUCUCAACUUUGUAAUGGCGGAGAAAGAUAGUAAGCUUAGGAGGAUUAGUUUUGGCCGCUGUCGUUGGAUGGAAUUCUAGCAUCAAUUGUAAUUUGAUUUCUGAAAUUGGUCUUGAUUAUUCAAUAUGGAAAACCCCUUUUCAUCCAAGGAGGAAGGGAUGGGGUCUUGGGGGCCUUCGAGAACUCAGGCCGAAACUCCGACUUCUACUGACGUUGGAAUGAGAAUUUUGAGUCCUGAAGAUGUGCUUCACAGUUUCUCAGAGCUGAUGAGUUUUGAUUCUUAUGCGGGAUGGGGCAACAACUAUGCAACAAUUGAUCAGAUUUUCACUUCUUGUGGCUUUUCGUCGAUUCCGCCAAUGAGUACUUGCCCUUCAAUGGAGGGCUCGACUUUCCCAGAAGGGGCGAGCCAUGAAGCAUUCCCUCUGAAUGAACUUGAUGGAGCUUCCAUUUCUGUGGCGAAUUCUUUCACUUGUGGAGACAAGGUUAUGUUUCAGCAGCCAGACACUGAAUUUGGGGUUUCUGAUGUUUCAGACAAUGUAAAUGAAGCAGGUUCGAAAUCAAAUGAUGUCCUUCUAAACAAUUGUUUGAUUUCUAGGCCUCUUGGUUGGUCACUUGAUGAGAGAAUGCUGAGGGCACUCUCCUUGUUUAAAGAGUCUUCACCCGGAGGCAUUUUGGCUCAAGUCUGGGUGCCUGUGAAGCAUGGAAACCAAUUCUUCCUGAGCACCAGCGAUCAGCCUUAUUUGCUAGAUCAAAUGCUCACUGGGUACCGUGAAGUGUCGAGGUCGUAUACCUUCUCUGCAGAAGGAAAACUGGGUUUUCUCCUUGGGCUUCCCGGUCGUGUUUUCACCUCCAAAAUUCCAGAAUGGACAUCAAAUGUUAGAUAUUACAGUGAGAAUGAGUAUCUGAGAAUGGAACAUGCAAUCGGUCAUGAGGUUUAUGGAUCAAUUGCCUUGCCAGUAUUCAAUAAUGAACUUGAAAAGUCAUGCUGUGCCGUACUUGAAGUUGUUACUACAAGGGAGAAGUCUGAUUUUGAUGCAGAGAUUGACAUUGUUUCACGAGCACUAGAGAUUGUCAGCUUGAGAACUGUUGCACCUCCUCGACUAUAUCCUCAGUGUUUGAAGCAGAACCAGAGAUCAGCAUUAGCAGAGAUAAUGGAUGUGCUACGUGCUGUAUGUCAUGCACAUAGCUUACCUCUGGCGCUAACCUGGAUUCCUUGCUGUUAUACUUUGGAAGCUGUUGAUGAGGCUGCUAGAGUUCGUGUAAAGGAGAACAACAUUAGCCCAAAGGAGAAAUCUGUAUUAUGCAUUGAGGAAACAGCGUGUUAUGUGAAUGACAAAGCAACUCAAGGUUUUGUGCAUGCGUGUAUGGAACAUCAUCUUGAAGAAGGGCAAGGGAUAGCUGGGAAAGCUCUUCAAUCCAAUCAUCCAUUCUUUUAUCCUGAUGUGAAGGCAUAUGAUAUUAAUAAGUAUCCACUAGUCCAUCAUGCACGCAAGUUUGGUUUGAAUGCUGCCGUUGCAAUCAGGCUGAGAAGCACGUAUACUGGCGACGAUGAUUACAUAUUAGAAUUCUUUCUACCUGUCAAUAUGAAAGGAGGCUCAGAACAGCAACUUUUAUUGAACAAUCUCUCUGGUACCAUGCAAAGAAUGUGCCGGAGCUUGAGGACAGUUUCAAAGGAAGAAUUAAUGGGAUUCAAGGAUCCCGAUGCUGGAUUUCAGAGUGGACUAAUUGGGAAGUCUGCAACUAUGUCUAGGAGAAACUCACAAUCCACGGUGACAGACAGUGAAACAAGGGUAUCUAAUUCGAUAAAUGAUGGAACUGAAGCAGAAUGUCCUAAGAAGCAGAUGAUCAAUGGAUCACGGAGGCAGGGGGAGAAAAAACGUAGCACAGCUGAAAAAAAUGUGAGCUUGAGUGUUCUUCAGCAAUAUUUUUCUGGGAGUCUCAAGGAUGCUGCAAAAAGCAUCGGCGUUUGUCCGACAACCCUGAAAAGAAUAUGCAGACAACAUGGGAUUUUGAGGUGGCCGUCUCGUAAAAUAAACAAGGUGAACCGAUCGUUAAGGAAAAUACGGACAGUUCUCGAUUCUGUUAAGGGGGUGGAGGGUGGUCUAAAGUUCGAUCCAACUACAGGGGGUCUUUUGGCAGCCGGCUCUCUUAUUCCAGAACUCAAUGGACAGAAUAGUCUUCUCUUCUCGGAUAACAACAACCCAUCUAUGAGAAAUCUGGAGCCAUUCCUCCAGGAUGUAAACUCAGUUCCUCCUGUCCCUUUCAAUGGUCAGAAUUCUGCCAUGAAAUUGGAAAUGGAAGAUGCCUUCGUUACCAUAUCCCAAAGAAUCUCGUCGAGGAGCAUUCUUGUUCCAGAAAAGGAACCCAAUGUUUGCCAGCUUGAUUGUAGUGAAGGCUCAAAGUCCACAGGGGUAGAUGCUGCAUCAUGCCAUCUUGCUGACCUGGAUAUGAUGGGUUGGGAAGUCCCAGGGAAUGCCGCAGGUUCAAUUAUUGCUAAAAAAAGCAACAGAUUGGAUUUUGUUGAGAAUGAUUGGAGAUCAGGUGAUGCUGACUGCCAAUUUAUGGCCAAGAGUUCAUGCUCUUUUGCAGCUGCCGAUGAAGCGGGCACUGUGUUGGAAGGCACUGAUGGAAUCAAUGAACAUUACCAGCCUACUACUUCGAGCAUGACAGACUCGUCGAAUGGCUCUGGCUUAUUGGUCCAUGGGAGUUCAUCCAGCUGUCAGAGCGUUGAGGAGAGGAAGCAUUUGCAAGAAAAAAUAAGCUGCGUUGACAGUGAUUCCAAGAUUAUUGUAAAAGCUUCAUACAAAGAAGACACAGUUCGAUUCAAGUUUGAUCCUUCUUUAGGAUAUCUCCAGCUUUACGAGGAAGUUGGCAAGAGAUUCAAGUUAAACCAGGGGACAUUUCAGCUCAAAUACCUUGACGAUGAAAAAGAAUGGGUAAUGCUUGUAAGCAAUUCAGAUUUGCAGGAAUGUCUUGAGGUGAUGGAUGAGAUCGGCACCAGAAAUGUGAAGUUUCUCGUCCGUGAUAUCGCUUGUGCCGUGGGCAGUUCUGGCAGCAGUAGCUGCUUCCUAUCUAGAGGUUCAUGACGAUCAUUUGAUGCCUCCACAGUUUGAUAAAGGCUCUGUAUAAAGUCUCUGAACGAGUCACUGUGAAAGGUAGGACUGUCCGCCCUUGAGACCAUCACGGUUGUCACGAGGAAGCAGAUGCACAGAAAAACCCUCUCUUCCACACUUUUUGAUCUCUUCUCUGUUUUCAGGCCCCUCAAGGUUCUGAAGUCUGAAGAGCCUUGAAAACACUCCAACAUUUGGGUCAAGUCAAGGUGAGAGCUCAGAUCGCACCAGAGUUAGAAGUUCGGUCAUGUUGUUUUAGGUUAGGGAAUCAGGAAAUGCAGGAAGGGGAAAUAAGUUUUAGUUAUAAGUUGAAUAGCUUUGUAAAUGAAAAAAAAAAUAGGAAGUAAGCUGUUUGAUUUAGAGGGGGAAUGAAAGCAUCCUGUUUCAAAAUGCCAAGUUCCUAUAUCCUGUAAUCAUAAUUACAUUAGUCAAGAGGUGAUAGAAAUUACUUUAUAUAUUCAAUGUGAUUCUUUUUGGCUGUAAUAUAAGUUCUAAAUAAAGUUUGUUAUUGAUAGCUGCGAUAUCUGGACAAGGGAAAAUAAUGUAAAAUUGUUGAUUUCAGA